AUGGAGGCCGUCCCAGGAAUCGUCCAGCAUGCCCUCUUUUCGCCAUUAGAAAAUUCCUGGGCAGUCGCAGUAGAAAACAACAGUCCCCUGCCACAGAGGCGGCUGUGGCAGGACCGCACCAGGAACGUCGCGUCCUUGAUUGCUACUGGGGAUCCCCAUCUUGUCGCUCUGGUGGCGUCAUCGGCCAUUCUGUUGUGCCAGUUUCUGUUCAGCCAUGCUGUGCGUCGCUGGAAAAGAUCCAAAGGGGCGUCGAGCUUCGACUACGACCCCCGAGCGCGAUGCUACACGCCAAUCCCCUACGUCUUGUUCCAGAUCGUCUUCGCCGUCGCCGCCUUCUCGCUGAGCGUCGUUGCCAUCCGCCAGUCGGGCAGUUGGAAGAGAUCGCUGCUCCUGGCCUACAUCACCGCUCUCUGCCUGGCACGCGUCGUGUCAAAGGUCGAGUCUUUCCGUGAUCGAGUCUACUGCCAUGUCAAUGUCCUCGCGACAGCAGCGACGCUGCUAUCUGCCGUCCAAGUCUUCCUGCCCAUCACUAUCAUCGGCGCCAACUACCGGCCGACCACCAUCGAGACGGCCCUGGUGAGCUGCCUCACCGCGACGAUCCUGAUCCCUUUCAUUGCCCCUCGUCCUCGCCGUGCGCCAGAGAAACAAGAUGGCGACGAUGAGGGGUUAGCCAUUGACGACGAAAAAGCAUCUCCGGAAGAGACCUGCUCCCGGUUUUCCUUCUUCUGCUCCUACGACUGGCUCACUUAUCUCAUUCUCCGUGGCUGGCGUCGAGACCUGACUGUCGACGAUCUACCUGUGUUGCCGUCCUACGAUGCGCCCCUGAAAUGGCUGCAUGGCAUUCGAAAACAGCGCCAGCGAGAAGGCAAGACCUUCCGCACGCUCUGCCGACUCCUGCAUCGGGAGAUCAAGAUCAUGGUGAGCUGGGCUGCCGGUGUCGCCAUCUUCGACUACAUCGCUCCGACGGCAAUGUUCCACCUGCUGGGAUACCUGAGAAGCCCGCACGAUGCCAUUGUACAUCCGCUGCUGUGGAUCUUUCUGCUUUUUGUCGGUCCCAUGAUUCGCUCCCUGUGCUAUCAACAGUAUAUCUUUACCGCUACGAGGCUCCUCGUGCGAGUGAAUAUGUCCUUGGUCCAGGAAAUCUAUCAGACUGCGCUGCGCUCCCAUCUCUACGACGCCUCUGUCGCCCAGACCAAGACAGAUACAAAGACAUCGUCUGAAGAGGCUUCUAAGAACAGACAGGCAGACAUUACUACUCUCAUGUCCUACGACGUCGAUGCCAUCUACAACUCGCGAGAGAUCUUCUUUAUCUCCGUAUCCGGCCCGAUUUCCAUCACAAUCGCCAUUACGUUCCUGUACCGGAUGCUGGGCUGGCCGUCCUUGAUCGGCGUGACGGCGCUAUUUCUCAUGACGCCACUGCCUGCUCUGGUCUCUCGCCGCAUAUCUCAGAUGCAACGGUCCGUGAUGCGUGCCACCGAUGCGAGACUUUCCAAAAUCACCGAGUAUCUCGGCUCGAUCCGCACCCUGAAGUACUUUGGCUGGGAGCCGGCCAUGUCGGAGAAGAUCAACAGCCUGCGAACCGUCGAGCAACAACGCAUCUGGAAACGUAACGUUUUGACCGCGGUUAUUUCCAUGACGGGAGACUUCUUGCCCAUGGUCAGCUUGCUGGUCACUUUCGCCGUUGUCGUCCUAUUCACGGACACGCCUCUGGAGGCUCCAGUCGCCUUCACUUCCUUGUCAAUCAUGGAGAUUCUCCGAUCUCAAACCGUCUGGACGUCGAACGUGAUCCGCAUGGCGUCGCAGGGGAUCGAGUCUCUCCGGCGUCUGGAUCGGUUUUUCGAUUCUGCUGUGGAAAUUCAGCGACAUCCUGUCGGUCCCCCAGAGUUCCGAAACGCAACCUUCCGCCGCACGCCCAUCGCAGCCUUCAAGCUCCAAAACCUGUCCAUUCAAUUCCGCCACAACGAGUUGAACGUGGUCACCGGCCCCACAGGCAGUGGAAAGACCUCUUUGUUGCUCUCUUUGCUGGGCGAAACCGUCCUUGAAUCCGGUGCCGCGACAUGUCCCCGGGAUGUGGCGUAUGUGCCUCAGACUGCUUGGCUCCAGAAUGACACCAUCCGGCAAAAUAUCUUGUUCUACAGCGCCUUUGACCAGAAGCGUUAUGAGGCCGUGAUUGACGCCUGCGGUCUGGCUCAGGACCUCGACGAGCUUCCUGCGGGCGAUCUGACCGAGGUGGGCGAGCGAGGAACGAGCCUGUCUGGAGGCCAGAAACAGCGUGUCUCCCUGGCGAGGGCGAUCUACUCCUGCGCAUCGACUCUGCUUCUCGAUGACAUUUUCUCCGCGCUGGACACACAUACGACCACCUUGGUGUACGACCGUUGCUUUCGCAAGGGCCUGUUGGCGGGACGGACGGUGAUUCUGGUGACUCAUCUGCCGGUAGCUCUUCAGGAUGCCCAGAUGGUGGUGACUCUGGACCAGGGGACCGUAUCAUCCAUUCGAGUGGUGCAAUCGAAGCUCGAUUCCGAAGUAGCCACGACUGUUGGCUCGGAGGAAACUACUGCGGAAUCCUCAGCAUCAGAGUCUCCCUCUGGCUUGGAGUUGGAGCUAGCCAAACCUGUGCCCGAGGUGACCGUCUCCAGCGUACCAGCAGAACCCCAGAGCAGUCCGCCCAGGCGUGUGGUGGAGGAGACAUCUGCCAAAGGACGCAUCCCACGGACAUUGGUAUAUGCUCUUUUCGGCGGCUAUCCAUACGCUCUGGUCGCGAUCCUGUCGGCGUUCACGGUCCAGGUAGCCUACUUUUCUAUCACGUACUGGCUGUCAAUCUGGACCGAUGCGUAUGCACGAGAUGGCGGCUUUCCCAACGUCGGCUACUACCUGUCUAUUUACGCGGCAGCUGUCGUGACGUAUCUGUCAUUGCAGUUUCUCAACAGCCUCAUUUAUCAAUACGGCAGCUGGACCGCCGCAAAGAAGAUGCACUCGCAGCUUGUCCACGCUAUACUAUCUGCACCCAUCUCUUGGUUUGACAAGAAUCCGGUCGGCCGGGCAAUCAACCGAUUUGGUAACGACACGCGGUCUAUGGAUAUGGUCUUGGUCGAAUGGCUUCGACAGUCUAUCAGCAACGGACUGCGUUUGCUUCUGCGUAUCGCGAGUGUCGCCUCCGUUAUGCCCAUCUUUGCCGUUCCUGCAGUCGUUAUAUGCAGCAUCGGGUUCGUCAUCGGGGAGAUGUACACGCGGGCUCAAGUCUCGAUCAAGAGGCUAUGCGCAGUCAACUACUCGCCGGUAUUCACCCACUUCACGGAUACUCUGGCGGGCAUGACCGUGAUCCGGGCGCGCGACGGCAUGGACGAUAUGUUCCAGAAGCUGUUGGCAGACAGGCUGGCCGUGCAUUCGCGGGCGGCUGAGGCACAAUAUAACUGCAACCGUUGGGUCUCUGUCCGUUCAGACCUGUGUGCUGCGUCCGUAGCAUCCAUCGCGGGCUUCCUGGCAUACACGCAGUCAGGACCGGCCGGUCUGGUCGGAUUCUCCCUCGCGAACGCAAUUGGCAUGAGUCAGAGCAUCCUGAUCCUCGUACGAACGAUGAACGAGUUAGAAGUCGAGCUGAACUCGUUUCAGCGGAUUAGAGAGUACGCCGACAUCGAGCCGGAAGAGAGCCAGGCCAACGGCCGACAACAAGCUACAUCUCUUCCCCCGGCCCAUUGGCCAACAUCCGGCCAGGUCGAGUUUCAUAACCUCACCGUUCGCUAUCAUCCCGAUGGUCCGGACGUGUUGCGGAACGUCAACUUCGUCGCGUCACCCGGCGAGCGCAUUGCCAUUGUGGGCCGGACAGGCAGCGGGAAAAGCACGCUGGGUCUGUCCUUGCUGCGAUUUACAGAAAUCGUCUCGGGCAAAGUGACGAUCGACGGCAUCGACAUCAACACGAUCCCGCUGAAUCGGCUGCGUACGAGCAUCAGCCUCAUCCCGCAAGAACCGGUCUUGUUUUCGGGCGACAUCCAGUCGAAUCUCGACCCGUUUGGCGAGUUGAGUGAGACGGAGCUGCAGUCGGCAUUGUCUGCAUGUGCAGCCAUUCACGUUGGGAAUAACAACGGCGAUAACGCCACGCAGGACCAAGGCAGUACGACACUCAGUCUGGACACACCCGUGGCGGCCAACGGCGAGAACUUCAGCCAGGGCCAGCGACAAAUCCUCGGCCUGGCGCGGGCCAUCAGCCGGCGGUCCAAAGUCGUUCUGCUAGACGAGGCGACCGCGUCGGUAGACCAGCGGACAGAUGCACACAUCCAGCGGCUCAUCCGGUCCGAAUUCCCGGACUCGACCAUCAUCGCGAUCGCGCACCGGCUGCGGACGAUCAUUGAUUAUGACCGUGUGAUCGUCAUGGGGGGUGGUGAGAUUCUCGAGUAA